AUCAGCUGAGCCUGGAGUUUCUGAAGACAAGGGCUAGAAAUCUGCACUUUAAACUCUUGAAAACCACUGUGUGCCUUCAUCUAAGCUGCCCCUGCUUCUCUCCCCUCCAUCCCUCCAGCCUGGCCCUGUCCUCCCCACUCUCCCCUGCACCCUCCCCCGCCCCACACUCCCCACAAACGGCCAAAGCAGCAGUGUGAGGCAAUCGCUCUAUCCUUGACCCCUUCCUUUGCACAGUGAGUGAUGGCGUUUUUAUCUCCUGAUGAUGAUGCACAGCCUUCAGCGAGGGGCAUUUAAGACGCAGAACACCGAGUCCAGGCUGCAGCUGCGGGACUCAGAGGCAAAGCUUGAGGGGCUCAGGAAGGACGAAGAACCACCCUUGAGAGAAGAGGCAGCAGCGGCGGCAGCGACCCCACCACUGCCACAUUUGCCAGGAAACAAUGCUGCUAGCGACAUUCAAGCUGUGUGCCGGGAGCUCCUACAGACACAUGCGCAACAUGAAGGGGCUGAGGCAACAGGCUGUGAUGGCCAUUGGCCAGGAGCUGAACCGGAGGGCCCUGGGGGGCCCCACCCCUAGCACGUGGAUUAACCAGGUUCGGCGGCGGAGCUCUCUGCUCGGUUCUCGGCUGGAAGAGACUCUCUACAGUGACCAGGAGCUGGCCUAUCUCCAGCAGGGGGAGGAGGCCAUGCAGAAGGCCUUGGGCAUCCUUAGCAACCAGGAGGGCUGGAAGAAGGAGAGUCAGCAGGACAAUGGGGACAAAGUGAUGAGUAAAGUGGUCCCAGAUGUGGGCAAGGUGUUCCGGCUGGAGGUUGUGGUGGACCAGCCCAUGGAGAGGCUCUAUGAAGAGCUCGUGGAGCGCAUGGAAGCAAUGGGGGAGUGGAACCCCAACGUCAAGGAGAUCAAGGUCCUGCAGAAGAUCGGAAAAGAUACAUUCAUUACUCACGAGCUGGCUGCAGAGGCAGCAGGAAACCUGGUGGGGCCCCGUGACUUUGUGAGCGUGCGCUGUGCCAAGCGCCGAGGCUCCACCUGUGUGCUGGCUGGCAUGGCCACAGACUUCGGGAACAUGCCUGAGCAGAAGGGUGUCAUCAGGGCAGAGCACGGUCCCACUUGCAUGGUGCUUCACCCGUUGGCUGGAAGUCCCUCUAAGACCAAACUUACAUGGCUACUCAGCAUCGACCUCAAGGGGUGGCUGCCCAAGAGUAUCAUCAACCAGGUCCUGUCCCAGACCCAGGUGGAUUUUGCCAACCACCUGCGCAAGCGCCUGGAGUCCAGCCCUGCCUCUGAAGCCAGGUGUUGAAGACCAGCCUGCUGUUUCCAACUGUGCCCAGCUGCACUGGUAUGCACGCUCAUCAGGAGAAUCCCUGCUGGAAGCCUGCAAGUCUAAAAUCUCCAUCUGGCGACAGUGGAUGGGUGGGGUUCGUGUUUAGAGUAUGACACUAGGAUUCAGAUUGGUGAAAAGUUUCUAGUACCAAGAAAACAGGGAUGAGGCUCUUGGAUUAAAAGGUAACUUCAUUCACUGAUUAGCUAUGACAUGAAGGUUAAGGCCCCUAAAAUAAUUGUAAAACUUUUCUUCUGGGUCCUUACGUACCCACCUAAAACCAUCUUUAAAAUACUAGUGGCUGAUAUGGGUGUGGGGGAUGCUAACCACAGGGCCUGAGAAGUCUUGCUUUAUGGGCUCAAGAAUGCUAUGCGCUGGCAGUGCAUGUGCACAAAGCAGAAUCUCAGAGGGUCUCCUGCAGCCCUCCGCUCCUCCCGGUCGCUGCACAGCAACACCACAGAACAAGCAGCGCCCCACAGUGGGUGCCUUUCAGAAAUAUAGUCCAAGCUUUCUCUAUGGAAAAAGACAAAACUCAUUAGUAGACGGGUUUCCCUAUUGCUUCCAUAGGCACCAGUCAGAAUAAAGAAUCAUAAUUCACACAAAA